GAGAACAGGAGGAACAGAAGCAGGAGCUCGUCGCGAAGGUAGAACGCGCCGCGUGUACCGUGCACUUGGUGUGUACCGUGUAUUGAGAGACAGAGAAAACAACGAUCGCGACAGGCUCGAACUCGAGAAGUUGAGUCGGCGAACCGAACGAACCGCUCACCGAUUCCAAAGUCCGCCGGUAGGCUCAGUUGUCUCCGAACCCCCGAACAGUUCGGAUGUAGCUGAACCUCGCUUUUUCAUCGCCAGACUCCUCCGGUCAGCUCGCUUGCUCGCACAGCCACCCCGGGGCCUACACCAGGAUCCGCGCGUUUCCCUUUUUUUCGUCCUCAGAGUUUAGUCUACGUUUCGCGACGUUUAACGGUUCGUGGUGCGCGGCGGUCCCGGCAUCGGCUCGAGCCCCGACGACAGCCAGAGAGGAGGAGAUCGAGAGAGUGUUUUGUUCGAAAAAGCAUCGGGACGAGGGAGAAAAUCGGUCGGCGGGAACGCGCCCGACAACCUGUUGCAGUCAGCGCGAUCGGAAAAGGGGGCCGCGAGGUGACGUCGCGAGAGGAAUUAAGAGAGGAAGGAGACAACCCGGAACACAGGGAUCGUCGCCCGGAUCGAAAGGAUCUCGUGUGCCGUUAAAACGUAGCAGCCACGUAGAAUGGUAACUUCACAACCCGACAGUACCAGAAGCGUGGGCGGCGGGGGCGGCGGUGACGGUGGAGGCGGCGGCGGCGGCGGCGAGGAAACCGUUUACACGGUGACCGUGAGCGGUGUCGGAUACAGGAACGAGGGCUACAAAGACGAUGGGACCGACGGGAUACCUCCGGAGCCGCAGAAGCCGCCGCAGUUGUCGUCGACGGACGACGACACCCAAUCACGGAAGUUCAAGCUGUCGCGCGGCGAGAAAUGGCGGAUCUUAAAGAACAUUAGCACCGUCUCGGUGGCAUUUAUGGUACAGUUCACUGCGUUCCAAGGGACGGCGAACCUGCAAUCCUCGAUAAACGCUAGUGACGGUUUGGGCACUGUGUCUCUGUCGGCGAUUUACGCGGCCCUGGUGCUCUCCUGCAUCUUCGUGCCCACCUUCGUGAUCAAGAGGCUCACGGUUAAAUGGACCCUAUGUGUGUCGAUGUUGUGUUACGCACCGUACAUCGGCUCCCAGUUCUACCCGAAGUUCUACACCCUGGUGCCGGCCGGGGUCCUCCUGGGUCUUGGCGCGGCGCCCAUGUGGGCGGCGAAGGCCACUUAUCUCACCCAGGUUGGAGGGGUCUACGCGAAGCUCACGGACCAGCCUGUCGACGCCAUCGUCGUCAGGUUCUUCGGGUUCUUCUUCCUUGCUUGGCAGACGGCUGAGCUUUGGGGCAACCUCAUCUCGUCGCUCGUUCUCAGCGGGGGCGAGUUUGGCGGCGCAGGGAACGCCACCACCACUUCGAGCAAAGUGAAGCUGUGCGGUGCCGAUUUUUGCGUUCUUGGAAACGGAGGCCACGACAACCUGGAACGUCCUCCGGAGGACGAGAUCUACAAAAUCUCCUCGAUUUAUCUAACCUGUGUAAUCGUUGCCGUAAUCAUUGUCGCUCUCUUCGUCGACCCCCUCUCGAGGUACGGUGAAAAGCAACGACGUGCCGACAGCCAGGAACUCAGUGGUAUACAAUUGCUUUCCGCAACUGCUUAUCAACUGAAGAAACCGUAUCAGCAGCUUCUAAUACCAAUCACGGUAUGGAUUGGCAUGGAACAGGCGUUCAUCGGCGCGGACUUCACGCAGGCGUACAUUUCCUGCGCGUUGGGCGUACACCGAGUGGGCUACGUAAUGAUCUGCUUCGGCGUGGUGAACGCCGUCUGCUCCCUGGUCUUCGGCUCGUUAAUGAAGUUCGUCGGCAGGCAGCCGCUGAUGGCGCUGGGCGCCAUCGUACACGCUAGUCUUGUCGUCGUGCUACUCCACUGGAAACCCCAUCCCGACAACCCCUACGUGUUCUACACUGUCUCGGGACUAUGGGGAGUCGGCGACGCCGUUUGGCAGACCCAAGUUAAUGGUUUGUACGGGACACUGUUCAGGCGCAACAAGGAAGCAGCAUUCUCGAACUACAGGCUAUGGGAGAGCGCCGGUUUCGUGAUAGCGUACGCGUACAGCACCCACCUGUGCGCCCGCAUGAAGCUGUACGUGUUGCUGACGGUGCUGAUCAUCGGCACCAUGGGCUACAUAGUGGUGGAGCUGUUGCACAGGCGCAAGCAGAAGAGGCUGAAGGCCAUCGCGGAGGAUCCGAAGGCGGCGCAGGCGGAAGCGAACCAGGUUGAGGAGACCGACGACGAGAAGGACGAUAUCGACGACGAUAUCAUAAUCACGCACCUCUGAGACAGUGGCAUCGCCGAGGAGAUAUCUAAUCAGUGCUCGGACCCCUUUCAUCGACUCUCCCCUUUCAUUCCUCGUUCGUCGUUCUCCCGGAACGGGUCCGCAGAUCUCGCGUUCACACGAAGACGAUAGAAAAUCGCGCGUUGCCUCGAUCGUUCGCGGGGAAAAGAGACCACAAAAGGGCGACGCAACAACGGGAAGAAUAGAGAGCGGAAAUUUGAUCGGCGAGGCUGAUCCAUGAAAAUGCUAAUCCACGAUUACGCGGCCCGCCGAUCGUCCGCAUCCAGCGGACACGGAGGACCCGGAACGCCCGUUGAACGCCCGUCAACUUCGCUUUUACUCUACGAAUCUCGAUCCCAUGUUUGAUAGUCUCCAUCUCCCUCUGUGUCUAUCUAUCUAUCUGUCUGUCUUUCUCUCCGUUUAUGUUAUAUUCUUCUUCGGCUAUCUUUCUCCCUUGUUUAAUUUAUUGGAGCUCGCGGAGGAACGGGAGAGAGACUCCGACUCGCGGUGGAAAUCGGCGUGGAACGGCGUGGAAACAGAAGACACCCGGAGUCCCUUCCGAGCUUGCCAGAAUUCGUAAACACGCAUAGCUUGCCCGCAGACGGUGCUAGGAGCGCGAUAACCCCCGAUGCCAUAACUCGUCGUUUAAUCGUAAGGCUCAACUAAUAACCGAACAACAACCAUCGGAGCCGAUGACACUCGGUUAUCGGCGGCGUCGAGCGAGCUCGACUCUGACAGGAUUAAGAGGAUCGCUGUGUACAUAGAAUGUGCCGACGGGAAAACCGGAAGGAACGGAAAGCGAACGGGGGACACCCAGCGAUUUCGCGAUCGUUAGCGUGCACGUUAUUCUCUGUAAGACGUGUAAGACAGGUACCUCGAUCGCCACACCGCGCGCGGUGUCACGCACCUCGUAGCAACUUGCCAUUAAGUCUUGUCGGAAUCGUGUCCCCGAUUUGUGAUAGGGAUCGGGCUUCCCGCGGGCUGUCCGAUCUGUACAUAAACCGAUCUCGCUGACUUCCCGUCGGAACGAUACCGCUGGAGCCUGCCGUAUUGGCCGAGCCGAGUUUCCGUAACACCAUGAAAUUCGCUCUUUGGUCAACCUGUGCGCGAUCUCCGUGCCCAUUCUGCGUGAUCGGAUCGGAGCUGAUUAGGUCUGUCGAUCGGCAGGGCUGAGUGUGAUCGACGAGAGAUCGAGGAAAAUUGCUGGACGAAGGAACGGGCACCGUUCCCGCGCGUUUUCUCGCGCACACCACAGAAAAUCGGCUCUCGGAAUCGAUGAUUGGCGAUGAUAAUGAUGAUGAUGACGAUGACGACGACGAUGAUGAUGAUAUCGAUGUUGAUGACGGCGAUGACGACAUUGGUAGGUCGCGGAUGCCAGGAAAUCGAUUUUCUGCGGCGGCGGUCUCGUUAGAUUAGGAACAAAUGUUAGCACGUUACGACACUGGUGAAUAACCAUCCGCUGGUUUGGUACUUUUUUAAAAUACCCACACACAUACACGUACGUAAACACGAUCACACACACGGAUGAUAAUCGUCGUUAGGAGAGCCUUUUAAUCCGCGCCGGGAUGAGCGUCGAGAGAUCGCGACGCGUUUUCGCAGCGGUAGACAUUUAAGCAUGUUUCGUAGUCGAUAAUCGAACGAUAUAAGCAAACGGAAACGAUAAUCCAAUUCGAGCCGCUUUUGUUUCUUGAUUGAUGAUGAUAAUGAUGAUGAUGAUGAUGUUGUUGUUAGAGACGUAAGAGCGACCCUAGCCCAUAGCCCCUCACCCCAAACCCCGAAAAAAUGUGUGUACGAUAGUCUCGUACCGUAAUCAGUAUUCGUUGAACCACGAUCGAAUUGUAUUACGCGUUUAGUAUUUACGAAUCUCCGACGAUUACGUAUGAUGAACAUACCGACGUAUUGUAUCGUAAACGGCGUUCUCUCAGCAAUAUGUAUUCCGUCCAUCAAUCGACAAGAUUGCUCAAGGAACUUUAACCAUAAGAGUAGAGUAACCGAAUAAAAACGUAUGUGCCGCACCAAUAUAUAUAAUAUUUAUAUAUAUAAAUAUAUAUAAAUAUAUAUAAAUAUAUAUAAAUGUAUUAGAUAUAUAUAUAAAUAUAUAUAUUGUACGUUAUGCGUAGUCGUUUCGAUGGAGUUCUCGCAGUUGUCAGGAGCACGGAGGAUCGUAUUUGAACAAAACUUGAUAGUUUGCGAUUCGUCUGCCGUCAAAUGGCUCGAUUUGUAUUGUUAACAUAUUCUCUCUCUUCUUUCUCUUUUUUUUGAUAGUUGAAUAGACGUAGAAACUGAACCAGUGUGACCACGUAAUUCCUUUGUUCCCUCUGGGGAGUGUCAAGACCGGAAUGGGUAUGUCCGGAGAAAGUAUUAAGUAUAAAAUACUCUUUACAGCUGUGUAAAGACGUUUUAACGAUCGACGUGUCGCCUUCCAGCCUCUGGAGGCGUUUGUUUAUUAUAAAGUUUGUAACAGGACGCUUCUUGGUAGUAGUUAUUUGUUACCCAACGACGGAGUUUGUCGGCGGCGUUCGUCGGCGGAUUUCGUCGGACGAUCGGUAGAAUGGUGGAAUAACACGGACCUCUCGAACGUUUCUUAAAAACAUAAAUUUAUUUCCGACCCCUGUUGCACGUGUUUUGUACAGGAUCCGCUACAGACAAUUAGGUUUUUGUCCUGCAAGUAGGAUACACAAUAGCCGACGUGUGCCUAUAGUGCUGUGUAAAGUGCUCGUCAACAGAAACGACGAUUAUGGAACCAUUUCGUACCAUGCCUCCUGCCGCAACGAAUUACUUAUAAUACGAAACGACGAAGUUAGUAUAUGAAUAACAGCAUUUGAUAAUAAAAUAUUGAGUAGACAACAAA